AUGCAAUACUCUCAGCUUCUCCGUGUCCUCUUGAGUGCUGCCCUUGCCCUGCAUGCAACUACCGUGGCGGCGUCCCCGAUCCCUGCUGCCGAACCUGAAGUACAUAAAACUGGGCUUGGGACCUCUGCACUCGGAAAACGUGCUAUUAUUGAGCUCUACCAUGUCACUACUGCUGCUUCUGCAUCAAGCAUCAAGACCAGUGGGCCCAAGCUACAGGUCAAACCCACGAUAGGAGAUGACUUUAAUCCAAAGGGCAAGGGGGGGUUCUACGUGUCGGACAAUAAGGAGGGCAUCCUUGAAUGGUGCAAAGCACGUCAGGUUGAUCCUGAAAAUGCUAAAACCAAUUGCGCCGACUUGGUCACAUUCAAAUUUGAUGAAUCUGUAUUGACCAGUCUCAAGUUUCAUAAGUUCACUGGCCCUACUAGUAAGGCAGACGAACAUGCUUGGAUGAAUACAUCUGAUUUUGAACAAUGGCUUGAGUUUACAACACUCUGUACACAUGGUGGCCAGCCAGAUCCGGAUGUCCAGCUUCCAGCAGACCUUAAGAAUGGAGGAGAUGAUCUGGACCUAAUUAUUGGGCCUAUGGUCGGAACUGAGACGCUUCGACAAUAUGCAUUCAGGACCACCACAGCCUUGAAACAUCUCACGGAUGCGACUGUUACGAAGACAGGAAUCCAGUGA